AUGGACUCCCGACUCACGGACAUUUUCGGAAAGACUGCGCUCUCGGGAACCAGCAGAUCAUUUUCUGAGCGACGCGACCUCGGCGAGCUCACGCACGUUUUCUCGCACGUCAAGCAUCACAUGGGCAUCGAGCACGUGCACUUUAAGUCUCAGCCGGAGCUGUCAGUCGAGUCGGACGCGCUGCGCUGGAUGACAGUCGCGAAGAUGAAGCAACGAGGCAUCACCACAGGUGUCAAGAAGAUUUUGCAACUCGUGUUGCAUCCCGACAAAGCCACAGGCAAGAGCAAGGCCAAAACGAAGGCGGCGACUAGCGCAGUUUCACACGUCACAGAUGGCAAGAGACUGAAAACCAUCGCGUCCUUCUUCAAAAACUGCUCGAGGAACAUGGCGUACGUUGACGACGCCGUUGAGGAGCUCGCUCCGCGCGUCGUGGCGCUAGAGAUCGACCACGAAGUGAAGGACUUGGCCAUCAUCAAGGCCCAGAUAACACCUGCAGCACCAGAGCGCGUCAUCUACUUCCGCGACCUGAACUCUUGGGACAUCCCCCAGGUGCGAGCUCUGCACGAGGAAUGGUUCCCCAUCCGCUACAACCAGGCGUUCUAUGACGGCGCUGCUCAAGGCAUGUGGAUGGAGACGGGCGGACCUCUAUUCGCUCGUCUGGCAGUGGAAAUGCGGUCCUCGCCUGAUUUACAGAACCCAGUUCAGCCUAAUCCGGAAGACCGACGAGACGAGAAUAUUCUCGGCGCUGUGACGGCCAGCACGCUGCCACUAAGCAAAGUGGACGACCCAGACUUGAUCUCUCCAGAUGACUGGGAACACACACACAUCAUGUACAUUUUGACACUGGGCCUCGAUCGUCGGUCACAAGAAUGGGCAUCGCGCUGA